AUGUUAAUGCACAGAAAGGUCCUUAUUUAUUUGAUGAUGAUGGUGGUAAAGGUAUUAAUACAAUUCGAAGGACGUGCUAAAUGGGCCAUUUCACUUGAAAAGCCCAAUAUAAGAAAGGAUGAAGGUGGUCAUGGGACUCAUUUUGCUGGUAUUAUCGGAUCUAGAACUUAUGAAGUAGCUAAAAAAGUUGAUCUUUUUGCUAUUGGAACUUUGAAUGGUAGGGCAGUUAAUAAAGCCACAGAAGCUGGAUUGCAUAUUGUAAUAGCAGCAGGAAAUGAAAAUAUCAACGCUUGCGAGAAAUCACCAGGAAGAGAAGCAGGGCCAAUUACAGUAGGUGCAACUAAUUCCUCAGAUGCACUGUCCAAGUUUUCAAAAUUUGGCCAAUGUGUUGAUAUUUUUGCACCUGGUGAAGAUAUCGAAUCGACAUAUAUUGGUCCAGAUGUGAAAAUCCUGUCGGGUACAUCAAUGGCAGCUCCUCGCAUUGCUGGAAUUGUUAGUUAUUUUCUAUCAUUGCAGCCGGAGAUUUGGUCAGAGUUUGCUACAGGAUUGAUUAAACCACAGGAUUUGAAGAAACGAAUUACUAGAUACGGCAUUCGAGGCAAAAUUACAGGCUUGGAUGAUACAAGUCGAAAUAUUUUAGCUUUUAAUGGUGGUGGUGGUGGUGGUGGUGGCAAUUUAACUGACCUUUGGAUGAUAUGGUGGUAUGAGCGUUAGAUUUUAUACAUUAUUGUAGUUUCCAAUGUAAAACCAAUUUUUAAAA